AUAAGCCACCAGCGCGGCAUUUUCGAAGUUUUGUUAGAGUAACUGUAUCCCACUGUAAUAGCAAUUAUCUGUAUAUAUAUAUUAAUUUAAUUUAAUUUAACAAGUUUUUGUUAGCCUUUAUUUUAAGUAAAAAUGGACUGUAUGGAUUCUCCAAGAGUAUUUCCAAACUCCCCAAGGAAAGCACGGGGACAGAUUCAGGUCAUCUUUGGGCCGAUGUUUUCGGGGAAAAGCACUGAAUUAAUGCGAAGAGUACGUCGUUUCCAGAUAGCUCAGUACAACUGCUUGGUGAUCAAAUAUGCCAAGGAUACACGAUAUUCUGAUGACGGCAUGGCAACACAUGACAAAAACACAAUGGCAGCUGUACCAGCCAACUGUCUGGCAGAUGUGCGUCCUCUGGCAUUGAAAGCAUGUGUUAUUGGAAUUGAUGAAGGACAGUUUUUUCCAGACACGGUGGACUUUUGUGAGGAGAUGGCUAAUUUAGGGAAGACGGUCAUCGUAGCUGCUUUGGAUGGAACCUUCCAGAGACAGCCGUUUGGAAACAUCCUGAAUCUGGUUCCUCUGGCCGAGAGUAUAGUGAAGCUGCACGCUGUCUGCAUGCAGUGUUACAAAGAAGCUGCCUACACCAAGAGGAUAGGAGCCGAGAAGGAGGUGGAAGUGAUCGGUGGAGCUGACAAGUAUCAGGCGGUGUGUAGAAAGUGUUAUGGAGGACUGAUGUGCGACAAAGAGAACUGCGCCCCCCUCAGGGACGAAACUCCAAAUAAUGUCCAUUCAACUAAACUCGUCGACCCCGGGUGUCCCAGGAAGCUUUUCUCCUCUCUCCAUCUCUGAGCACUAAAAUGAGACUGUUUGCAGCACCACAGAUCAGAACAUGGUUUUGUUUGUGUAUAAUUGGUACUCUCAUUGUUUAGUGUUUUUAUUGUAUAGGACAUGGCACCUGAUUACACUGAGAACAACUUUACCAAUUUAUCACUCGUUAUCAUACUGUUUA